GCGGGGAGAGCCGGAGAGAGUUCUAUUUUACUUCAUUUAUUCUUCAAAAAUUUGGGCGGGAAACCAAUUUUCCACUUCUUCUCUUCACGGGAACUGGAGACUGGAGUCACAGCGAAGAAAGAGAAAUGUCGAAGUUCCAAUACCCAACCCUCUCCCGGAGCGACGUCGUCGCCGUGCUUUCCGAGUAUGAAAUUGCCAAAAUUUCUGACGCCGACCUCCGUCGCCCCAAUUUCAACUUCCUCACCAGCCUUUACUCUGCUGUCCUCCUCUACAUCGACAUUCUCCCGGAAGAACCUGAUCAGUUCGAUUUUGAGACUCUGGAGCGGAUCGACAACCCGGACCAUCACCGGGAUUCAUUUCGAGUGUUGAAUUUGUUGGAUAAGAUCAGAGAACUUUUGGCUUCUAUUGAUUGCCCUUUAAAUUUCACUCUCUGCGACUUGCUUAAGCCUGACCCGGGUCGAACCGACUUCUUUCUCGGUGCCAUGCUCAAUUAUAUCGUUCACAGGAAUGCAAAAUUGGACUUAUUGAGGCCUAUUGUCGACGAGUUAACCCUUCUUGAAGAGCGAAAGCAAGAAUUGGAGAGCAGAAUGUCUCAGUUGAAUGAAGAGAUAUUCCAGUUCAACCAAUUAAGAGAAAGUGAGAUGCCACUUGUUCAAGAAAUUGAUGCUAAAGUUAAAGAGUUGCAGCAAACAAUUCAAAGUCUGAACAAUCACCAGGUGUCCUUGAAGGCUAAUAGGAUAAAAACGAAGGAGAAGGUUAAAGAAAUGGAAGCGAAGGUUGAAAAUGCUGAUUUUGCCUUGGAGCAAUGUAAGCUAGAAAAUAAGAGUUUACUUGCUGAAAUAGUUCAGUCACCAGACAAGCUUCAGAGGGCACUUGAGGAGAAAAAGUCACUUAAAGUUGAAGCAAAGAAUGCUGAAAGAACAGCGAUGCACUCCUUUCAUGCCAAGGAAGCUGUUUCUGAGAUUUAUGCAAAGGCUGGCAUGAAGCUGUCCAAGCAGUUAGCUCGGAUGAAAGUCCUGCAAGAUCAGGUGAACUCGGCCAAAUCUAUUGAAAAGGAUGUUAAACUUCUCAAAGUUAAACUGAGUGACCAAGGAGUAUUGGAUAAGUCGCUUGAUGCUAAAUUGGUUGACCUGCAAGCAAAAGUGGACCAACUGGAUAAAGUAAAGUGGCAACUAGAGCAGGAAAGAGGUCAGACCUUUGAGCAGGCUACUAAAGAACUAAAGAAUGUGAAGAUGGAAGUGGAAGCAAACAGGAGUGCUCUACAAACUCGUCAAAAGCAGGUGGAAGCUGUUGUCAUGGAGGCAGAUAGUAUAGGUGAAAGUAUUAACUCAGUCAAGGAGGCUGGAGCAGCCAAGAUGCACGAAAUGGGUCUAGUAUCUGAAGCUAUAAUGAAACAGUUUUACGAGUAUUCAGAUUCUAUAAGGGACUCGCUGCCAGGGAUUGAAAUUGAAGUGGACAUGGUAAAUAUUCAGGCUGGGAACUGAUGAAGUCUGGCGUAUCUUGUGUAGCUGAUCUUGCAUUAUCUGCGAUCUACACAGCACAAUGGAUGCAGUGAUCGGCAUGCUUUGAAAUUGCAUAGUUUGUGCUGGCCUGCUAAUUGUAAAAAAGAGUUGCAUGUGUGUGCCGCUACUUUUUGCUUCUUGGGAAUGAUAUAUAUAGAAUAAUAGAAACGUUCUCUUAGGGUGGAAUCUGUGAAGCGCACUUGUGCAUUUUGAGAUGCAACGCCAGUACAGACAUAAGUUAACGAUCAUGUGGGGAAGGCUCUAUGCCAAGAGGCUUUGUUGCACUACUGUCCACUGUAAUGAUUGUCAUGUAACAAGUAGCAGGCGGCUGUUUAUGGUUCAGGUAACUAA